AACCUCGUGGAAACUUUCUAAUUUAGUCUAAAAAUUUAAGAAUUUUAAAUAGAAAGAAGUAGACUGUAUGAUAGGGCAAGAGAAAAACCCUAAAUCCCUGAUCUCUAAAACAAGUCGCCAUCGGCAUUCACACGGCCUGCCCCAGCGAACCUUUGAUAUCAAGAUAAGCUAGUUGGGUUCGAUUUAGACUCAUAGAAUGAAAGAAAGCAAGCCAGUUAUUGGUCUUUCAUGGCAGCCAAAGGUGCCAAUUCUGUCAUCCACUGCGAAAACCGAUUCUCAUGUUGGCGGCAAAGGUUUACAUCGAUCACAAAGUCAGCCUGAAGUUAGCACGCUUUGGAGACCCAAUACAGAGCUUGUUGAUGGGCUUUUUGUGCCACCCAACAAUCCAAAAAUGCUAAACAAGUUACUCAAAAAACAAGUGAAAGAUACAGCUGGGACUAGCUGGUUUGACAUGCCUGCGGCAACUAUAACUCCUGAGUUGAAGAAAGAUCUUCAGUUGCUAAAGUUGAGGAAUGCAUUUGAUCCAAAGAGACAUUACAAUAAGGGUGAUUCAAAAUCAAAAACGUUACCCAAGUAUUUCCAGGUGGGCACAGUUAUAGAGCCUGCAACAGAGUUCUUCUCAAGUAGACUGAAUAAGAAGGAGAGGAAGGCAUCCCUUGCAGAUGAGCUGCUUUCUGAUCCUAACCUUGUUCAGUACAGGAAGCGUAAGGUUCGAGAGAUUGAAGAACUAAAUCGACCAGCUGGAAAUGAGAAAUGGAAGAUAAAGGGUCGACAGUCACAAAAGCGUGCAAAGCAAAGAAGGCAUUGAAUCUCUUUUAUUCUCUUAAGCAGGAAAAUUUUGACCUCAAUUGUAAGUCCUUUUGUUUUAGAUGAAUAUUCUUCCCGUUGAUAUCUGAAUGUCCUGGAUCAAUGAUGAUUUGGAAGAUAAGAUGAUAUCAUACAUACUGUAUUUAUCUCAAUGGGGGCAAUAAUCUGUUCCUUUAGUCUUUA